AUGUUCCUGUCACUGCCUACGCUAACUGUACUUGUGCCACUGUUGUCCUUAGCUGGUCUGUUUUAUUCAGCCAGUGUGGAUGAAAAGUUCCCAGAGGGCUGCACCAGCACAACCAGCUUGUGUUUCUAUAGUCUGCUUCUUCCCAUUACCAUACCAGUUUACGUGUUCUUUCAUCUUUGGACCUGGAUGGGUAUUAAACUUUUUAGACACAACUAAUAAGGCAAAAGCACAAAAGUAGACUUGCCAACCUUAUGGCCUACCCACACCCUAAUAUUAUAUUCUGUGCAGUUGCAAUGGUCUAGCAUUAGUGGUGGUCUUUAUUAAUCUCCCAAUGACACCUGAAAAUGUAAUGUUCUGCACAAGCCUUGAUGCACAAUGGCCUCAUUAGUGCUAAGAGAGAUAAUUAAAUAACAUUUUCUCUUGUUCCUCCUCCAUGUUAGUGUGUCCCAUCAAAACCGAUGGGUGUGUUGUAAGGCUAUGCUACUAGCCUGUCAAAGGUGUUGUGUCUCUUUGCUAAGAAUAAACGUUGUGCACUG